CAACUCAUAGGUAUAAUGCUUCCUCGGCAGGUUGAUACAAAUACAUCCAUUAUUUGGUAGAUUUAGCCAAACUGGAUUAGGACUGAGCCACUUCCUUAUAAAGUCCCUUUGGAGUUUUGAAGUUGUAGAUCUAAGCUACGUACCUCUUCCAUUAUCCUCCUCUAAAGUAUUACACGCAUAAAAGAUAUGGAGAGGAUUCGCCGGGUUGCUGUAGCUUAUUAUGAAAAUCUGCCCGAGGAGAAGAAGCGAUAUGCCAGAUUUAUUUUCGAUGAAAUGGACGAAAACAGAGACGGGCAAAUUGACCUAGAUGAAUACGUGGAGUAUCUCAAGAAACAUAACAACACAAUUUUUACUGAUCCAAGCAUGUUUAGAGCGCUGGACAAGGACGGCGAUGGAAGCUUGGAUUUUGAGGAAUCAAUCACCUUGUACUACAUCUUGCAGAGUGGAAGAGCUCUAUUUUGCGACUGUUGUCAUACGUUCUUGGCAGACGUAUACUUCAGCUGCUUUCAAUGUUUCUGUCUUCAUGAGUCAGCUAGCACCUAUGAUCUUUGUUGUGAUUGUUAUGGUGGAAAAAAGUUCAAUCACCACGAUGAUGCCAUUUUCUGGGAUAACUGUACUUUACUAAGUAAAAGCAGGAGCUUGGCACUAGGAGCUCCCAUAGAGAAUCGAAGAAAUGUGCUUGAAAAAAUUGGAACGAUAGCGGACUUUACAGGCAUGGUUGUUAGUGGUGCUGUUUUUGCGUCAUCCUUUGGCUGCAGCAUUAUGUGAAAGAACGAAUAAUGCAUUUUAUUAUCACUGUGUUUAAAUUUUAUUAGAGUUUUGAAAGGGGUGGAACUCGAACCGCUUGCCUAUGGAAGACUGAGCUUUUCACGAGGUGCGAUCUUCAGCUAGUAAAGUAAGACUGUUAUAUUGCUGUGCCAAUGCUUGUGAUUUCUGAAAUUAUUGUAUGGUUACUUGUGGUUAUAUGGUUGCUUAUUGUUGCUUGCUUGUGAUUGGUGGAUUUGUAAGAGAUGAUCACUGUGAUUGGUGUAGAAAAUGGCCCUAAAUUUUCCAUUCAUAAUGAUAUAUAUGUUUUGUUCCU